AUGAAUGAACCGCCGAACAUCGCGGCGGAGUUGGAAAGUCUUGGGUUUGGCGUGCCGGGACCAUCGAAAAUCAAGCAAGCCUUGUCGAAAACGCGAAAAAUCAACACCCUCAUCAAUGCCAUCGAGAAAUUUCAGAAGGAAAAUGAAAUUCAGGUACCUUAUAGUUAUCUUGUGUUAUUCCUAACUUUUUGAAGAUGGACCAACUCCGACCGGCGCUGCAAUUGUUGGAUUUGCACAAAAUACCGCGAUUAGAGUUUCAUGAAUUGGUUGGAAUUGGCCUCUUAUUGAAUCAAAAAUUGAUUUAUCCAAUUUUCAGGCAGUCAAUGAGUUGACAGAGAAGAUAAAAGGGCGGAUAGGGUUUCUAGGAGAUAAUCCGAGUGAAGAAAAUACGAAAAAACUGGAAGCUCUUCUGGAUAAGUCGUUCUAUACGAAUAAACUUCCUCCGUUUCGUCCGAUCGUUCUGGAACUGUUGAAAAAAACGUCCCCAAGCUUCCGGAGAAGUUUGUGAUUUUUUCUUUCUUCUUUAAGGACUUUUUUUUUCGAAAUUUUCAUGGUUUACUUCAUUUUCGAUAGUUUUUUUUAAGGAUUUCACAGUUCAAAUCCAUUUUUAGACUUUUCCUGCACUUUCAAAAGAUUUUUUGGACGCGGUUCAAGAUUUCUUCAGUUUUAAAGUCAAAUUCCUCAAAAUAUCUUAUCCUUAACUACUUUUUCGGGCGAUUUUGGCUUCUUUUUGUACAAAAUCCGUUCAGGGCAGAAUUUUUCAAAGGCACAGAGAGGGAAUUUCGCUUCAGGAAUUUUUAAUGUUAAUGAUUUCGCAAAAAAAUUUUUUUCUAAAGGAAACAUUUAUUUUCAGUCAAAUUUUUUUGUUUCAAGAAAUCACGAAUUUGAAAAAAGAACUCCAAUAAAAGGAAUAUUUAAAGGUACCUGGAAAUAAUCAAAAACGACCCGUUAUUAUACGAAGACUGUGCUGUGAGUGUGAAACAGCAAAUUUGGCCCGGAAGUCCCGAAUUAUUCGUCUCAGCGGUUCAACCGGUCAUUGACGACUAUCUGAGGUUUCAAAAUUUAAAAAAAAGUAGAAAAUUUUUUUCCAGAAAAAAGCAUGCGUUGAUUUGUGCUGUGGAGCAGUCGAGGACUAAUUUUUUCACUUUUGAAACGACGAAAGCCAGGAGAACUUGGCCUCAGUUGCACGGUAGUUUCAUAUUUUCGAUGUAAUAAGAAGCUUUAAAAAUUAAAAAGUUAUAUUAUUUGAAAAAAAUAGGCUAAAAAAAUUGAAUUGAAUCAAAAAAAUUGUCUGUAGAAGAGUUGUCCAUGAGAAAAAAAUUUAAAAAAAGGAGAAAUUUGAAUUUUUUUCGUAUCUUUUUUUCUACUUUUUUUCUUUUGAAUAAGGUUUGAAGGAGUAAAUUUCAAUCAUUUCUCGGAAGAUUUCUUGAAUUUUUUUCGCAUUUUUUUAUAACUAUUUCAGAACUAUUUUUCUGCUUUUUAUUAAACUGUGAAUAUUCAAUUUUAUUUCGAACUUUCAUAAAAUCACCUAUUUUUUUCUGAUUAUUUCUUCACUAAUGAUUUUUAUUAAAUAAAUUCUCAUUAUUUUCCAGAGAUUGUCCGAAUGAUCGGGAAGCGUGAGGAUAUCUACGACAUGUUCUUGAAUUUAAUCCGGAAACAGUAUACCGAUUCUCAAGACGUGCAUCUGUGUUCUUUGAGGUUUUUUUAAUGAAGAAAAAAAUAAUCUUUAAGAGCUUUUAUAUAGUUCCAAAUUGGGUUUCAAGAACUUUUUGAGGAGAUUUGGCAGUUUGAAGUACUGAAAAAUCUGCUUUAAAAAAACAUUUUCUACAAUAAUCCAUUUUUUUAAUGUAUCCGAGUGCAUUAUCAAUUCAUAUUUCAACUUUGAAAUUUAGGAAAACAUUAAUUUACACUCAUAUUUUAAUAAUUAGCUGAGGUUGUGAAUGUGUGAAAAAAAGUUCAAAAAAAUUAAAAAUUUUUUUCUAAUCUUCCAGUAAUAAAGAUCGUAGAAAAAAAUUCCUUCAAAAAAAUCCAUUAAAAAAAUUUUAAAAAUUUCAGAAUGGAAGUCCUCAUGCUGGCUCAUGAUAACAAUGCAGAAAAGUUGAUGAAAGCAGGUGAAAAUUUUCUUUCAUAAUUCAUUUUUUUUUUAAAUUUAACCAUAAAAAAACAGUUUUUUAAGACAAAUGCCACGAUUUCGCGUGGUGUCUGGACGCUUGUGUGAGAGACAAGCAUUUGGAAACGCAACAGGCUGCGAAAUUGAAGAAUAUCCUGGAUACUAUCAAGGAGACGGACAUUGACGUGGGUUUUUUGUAGAGUUUGAAAUUGGUAGGGGUGUAUUUUCGAAAUUGAAGCUCGGCAAUCCCAAGUUUUUUGAGUACAAAACUGGCAGUCCCAAAAUUUUAGAAGUUAAAAUUGGCAGUCCCAAUUUUUUCAAGUUUAAAAUUGGCAGUCCCAAAUAUUUUGACGUUAAAAUUGGCAGUCCCAACAUUUUUUCAGUGAAAAAUGGCAGUCCCAAGUUUUCGAAAUGAAAAUUUGGCAGGCCCAAAAUUUCUGUUCGAAAUUGGCAGUCCCAAAAUUUUCGAGUUUAAACCUGGCUGUCCCAAAUUUGUCGAGCUUGAAAUUGGCAGUCCCAAAUUUUUUUUGUUCGAAAUCGGCAGUCCCAAGUUUUCGAAAUUAAAAUUAGCAGUCCCAAAAUUUUUAAGCUUAAAAUUGGCAGUCCCAAAAUUUUCAAGCUUAAAUUUGGCAGUCCCAAAUUUUCGAAAUUGAAAUUUGACAGUCCCAAAAUUUUCAAGCUUAAAACUGGCAGUCCCAAAUUUUCGAAAUUAAAAUUUGGCAGUCCCAAAAUUUUCAAGCUUAAAAUUGGCAGUCCCAAAAUUUUUCAGCAUAAAUUUGGCAGUCCCAAAAUUUUCGAGCUUAAAAUUGGCAGUCCUAGAAUUUUUGAGUAAAAAUUGGCAGUCCCAAAUUUUCAACGUUAAAUUUUGGCAGUCCCAAAUUUUUCAAGCUUAAAAUUGGCAGUACCAAAAUUUUUGAGCAUAAAAAUUGGCAGUCCCAAAUUUUUCGAAUCUGAAAUUUGGCAGUCCCAAAAUUUUUGAGCUUAAAUUUGGCAGUCCCAAAAUUUUUGAGCUUAAAUUUGGCAGUCCCAAAAUUUUUGAGCUUAAAUUUGGCAGUCGCAAAAUUUUUGAGUAAAAAUUGGCAGUCCCAAAAUUUUUGAGGUGAAAAUUGGCAGUCCCAAAUUUUUCAAGCUUAAAAUUGGCAGUACCAAAAUUUUUGAGCUUAAAUUUGGCAGUCGCAAAAUUUUUGAGUAAAAAAUUGGCAGUCCCAAAAUUUUUGAGCUUAAAUUUGGCAGUCCCAAAAUUUUUGAGCAUAAAAAUUGGCAGUCCCAAAUUUUUCGAAUCUGAAAUUUGGCAGUCCCAAAUUUUUCGAAUCUGAAAUUUGGCAGUCCCAAAAUUUUUGAGCUUAAAUUUGGCAGUCCCAAAAUUUUUGAGCUUAAAUUUGGCAGUCCCAAAAUUUUUGAGCUUAAAUUUGGCAGUCGCAAAAUUUUUGAGUAAAAAUUGGCAGUGUCAAAAUUUUUGAGGUGAAAAUUGGCAGUCCCAAAUUUUUCAAGCUUAAAAUUGGCAGUACCAAAAUUUUUGAGCAUAAAAAUUGGCAGUCCCAAAUUUUUUUCGAAUCUGAAAUUUGGCAGUCCCAAAAUUUUUUUGAGCUUAAAUUUGGCAGUCCCAAAAUUUUUGAGCUUAAAUUUGGCAGUCCCAAAAUUUUUGAGCUUAAAUUUGGCAGUCGCAAAAUUUUUGAGUAAAAAAAUUGGCAGUCCCAAAAUUUUUUUGAGGUGAAAAUUGGCAGUCCCAAAAUUUUCAAUGCCCAAGAUGACAUUUUUUUGAAAAAAAGCAGUAGAUUUUUUUGAUCAUUUUUUUGGUUCAAAUUGCCCAAUUCACUUGAUAAUUUGUCAAUUUCUUGUUUUUUUACAUAAUGUAAUUUCGUAUUAGACUUUGAUGCAACUUGGAAAUUGAAAAAAAUCGAAUAUUUUUCUUGAAAAAAAUUGGUUCAAACACAUGCUUGAAUAUUUUCCGCUAUUUUUUUUCAUAAGAAUAAUAUUAUGUGAUUUGGAAAAAGAUGCUUUAAAAAUAUUCACUUUUCAAAUUUUUAGCAUUUGAACUUAUUACCAAAAAUCCACGUAUAAAAAAACAUAAAAAAAGAUAGAAAAAUUUUUUUAAAAUUAGGAAUUUAAAAUCUCACACAAUAAUUCAGAAUACCAAACGUUUUUUUUUCCUUUUUUCGUGUUUUUCUCAUCCUUUUUCUCAAUUUUCAGCACGUAGUCGACAUGGCGAUGAUUUCCAACGACGUCCACGUUGUUCAUUUUCUUUCGACAACACUUUUGAAAAAAUUGAAAGAUAACGUAGGACAUCAAAAACAGAAUAAAACGCAAAAAAAAAAAAAUUAAAAUUACAGGCCGGAGCCCAUUUGCCGAGAGAAAUGCCCUCGGUUCAGCUGAUAAUUCGGAUUCUGGCCCUUGGAACCAAUGUCAAGGUUGGUUUUUUUUUAAAGAUAACAAAUUUUUCAAGGGCUUGUUUGAUUUGAAAUCUUCCAGAUUAUCUGCAAGACCCGGGAAAUUCCAACGGAAAUGGUCGAUUCGAUCGUUUUCACCAAGUUUCUGUCGUCUUUCGCAUAUAUGAUCGUUGAGGACAAUAUACGUAGUGAACUGUUGCGAUUGGAUACAGGUAAUUGAUUUAAAAAAAAUCGUUCUGUAAGGCCAAAAUGUCAAGAUUAUUGGAUGGAUUUUUCCGUUUUACCUUAGUUUAUCAUUUUGCAAAAAAAUCUAAAAAAGUAGGUAGACCGAAAUUAAUAAUGUGAAAUUUUUUUUGAAAAAAACUUUGAAAUUUGAAUGAUUAGUUUCACCUAGAGAACUUCCGAAAAUUUUCUUGUUUUACUCAUUUCUGAGGGAGGAGCCUUAAAUGUUUCGAGCUUGAAGUUGGUGAUGGUAAUUUUUUAAAGCUUAAAAUUUUUCAAAUAAUAUCGGCGAUCCAAAAUUUUCCGAGCUCAAAAUUGGCAGUCCCAAAUUUUCCUACGACCCCCAAUUUUCAGCUCGAAAAAAUUUGGUUCUGCCAAUUUUGAAUUUUAAAAUUUUACCACUGCCAAUUUCAAGACGCUUUCUCUGUAACUCUUCAGAGCAAUGGAAACACGAAAAACUUUUUUUUUGUAAUGUGACUAAAAUUCACUCACUAGUAUCAGUGUUAUCAUAUGACGUCAGGAUCCCGAAAAUUAUUCUUUGAUCCAUUUCCUCUUACCGCCGCAGGGUUACUUUUGAAACUUUGAAAGUUUUAUUCAGUCUUCAGAGAAGGUUUCUCUGCUGAAUCAUGGAAUCAUUGAAGAGCUGUUUGUCGGUUCGCGAAACUGUCGUUGAUCAAGAGUAGAGGGCGCGUAGAGCAUCUCGCUCUUCUUGUGAAAGUAGUAGACGGUUUUCGAACGUUUCCGACGAUCACUGCUUCUCCAUGUAGGAACGGUACGGCGCCCAGCUUGUCCAGGGCUGGCGGGCGUCGGAUUAAAUCUCAGGAGAGAGCGGAAAUGAAGACCGACCACUCGGAAGGUAGAAAUGAGAUAAAACCCGACUACCGUAGCCCGACUACCGCAGGGUUACGGUAGUCGGGUUUUCACCUGCGUAUCCAAGAAUUGACGGCGUUUUUCUUUAGCUUUAGCGGAAAAGGGCUGACCAGAAUGACCAAAAACUAACUUUCAAACAAAAAAAAGUACUGUAUCUUGAAAAUUUUACAGUAACCCAAGUUGUUAUGCACCGAAAAGGCUCUUAAAAUGACAUUGUCUAUCGAUUGAUAUACGGUAAGAGAAAUUGGCUCAAUGAUUCGUGUGUGCAAUCCUGACGUCGUAUGAUAUUAUUGGGGAAAAAAAAUCCAAAAAAAUAUUUCUUUGAGUUUUCAUUGCUCUUGAAAUUUGAAAAAUGGUAUUUUUCACCAAAUAAAAGUUGAUUCUUGGAGCUUUUUCAGUUGAAACAGAGGAUUUCCACAUGGAGAAGCUGAUCCAAGGGCCGAGCUCUACUGUUCAGACCUUUUUGAGGGUUUGUCCUUUUUUUUUUUGGAAGUUUCUAUAUUCGGUACAGGAAAAGAUGUAUCAUUUAUAAUGAUUCUUUGUAUUUUUUGAAUUGCAAGAAUGUUUAAGAACCACGCCGUGGCUGCCCUGCUCUGGUUUCACUACUGCCUCGAAAUGCUACCUUCGAAAACUAAAACUGGCGAUGUUAAAGGUAUUUUUAUCGUCCUUUUCAUGAAAAAAAAAUAUUUUCAGGUUUUAUGCGGUAUGCCGGGUACUUGCCCAAUCUUUACGGGAAGGUUAGUGAAAUUUGAAAAAAAAAAUUUUUUUUUUUUGGUUUUUUUCCAGGAAUCUUUAGAAUAAAAAAAUAGUGAAAAAAAUCUAUGUUCUUUUUACUUUUUUUGAGGCUUAGAAAAAAAGAAUAUAUAAAUAUCUAGAUUUUUAUCCCUUCUUGACACUUUUCCUCAAAGUUGAAAAUUGAAAAAUACGCUUUAAAAUCGAUUUUCGGCUCAGAAAUGUCAAAAAAAGUGUAUUUUUUUAAUUAUACCAAUAUUUUUUUCAUUUCAGAUUGCUUCCCAUGGAGUUUGGUGUCAUUUAUUGAUCCAUCGAUUGAUUUAUUCCCAUCAAUUUGAUCCGAUUUUAUCGAUUGACGUCAGGUUUCAUCAACUAAUGCUCGACGAAGUUCUGUUGGGCAAUAUUGAGGUGGUUUUUGAGCUCUUGUGGAGCUUUGAAAAUUCGGAAGAUAUCAAAAUUUUAAAAAAAUUGCCUUAAAAAAACUUUUUUUAGAGGUUUUCUCGCUGAUUUAUAAGUAUUCAAAAUAAUUUCAAGGUAAUUUUUGAAUAUUUCGAGAUCAGAAAUGGAUUUUUUUAUACGCUCGUUUUGAUGAAAUAUUGCAACUAAAACUUUAAAAUUUCAGCUUUAAUCUUGGAAAAAGCUCAAUUUUAACUCCAUUUUUUUGUCAAAAAUUCCAGUUUUUGCGUAAUUUUUACACCGUAAUAUUCAAAAAUAACCGUUUCAAACCCUAAAAAAUCAUUUUCCAGAUGGAUGAAGUGGUAAAAUAUCAACUUUUACGCCUCGUAAAUCAAUUAGGUUUCAUUUGGGGCGUUCCGAAAUGUCUCGAAAUGCUCGAGCAAAUCUCUCCGGAGUCCGCGGUACGAUUUUUUGAUUUUUUUUCUUCUGAAAAUUAUUCUUCAGAUGGUUCACUAUCACAGCGACUUGGAUCAAACACUGUAUCGACGGGAAUUUUUGACGCUUUGCAAUAAAAUUGACCCGAAUAAGGCGGCAGAGGUGAAAAAAAUGUGGGUUUUUUUCAGAAUGGAACAAUAUUUUUUUUUAAUUUUAGGGUGCUGAAAAAUAAUGAUUAUUUUGCCACUUUGCAUUUAUUGGGUCAUUAUUGUCUAUAAUAUUGAAUAUGUGGGGUUUUAUACUUAAUUUAAUGCGACAUGUAAGACUCUGGUCGCACGUAGAAUGGCUCGAGGCGUCGCGGUCGCGUUGCGGUUCGAGUUAAAAUUUGAAAAUAGGCUUUGAGCCAUUCCCCAUGCGGCCAAUAAUAACUUUUCCUUUCAAAAUAAGCCUUUUAAAGCAUUUCAAUACUGGAUUAAAAAACGUUUUUCAAAAAUUUAGGGUGCUAUACUUCAUUCAAUACAAUUCAAAAGACUCUGGUCGCACGUAGAAUGGCUCGAGGCGUCGCGGCCGCGCUGCGGUUUAAGCUUAAAUUUGAAAAUCUGAUGAGAGACAUUCCCCAUGCGGCCAUUCUUGGCUUUUCCUCUUGAAAUGAGAUUUUUCAAAGCAUUCUCAGUUUGAAUUUGAAUCAUUUUUUUGAAAAUUAGGGUGCUAAAUUUUAUUUACUGUAACUCAAAAGACGCUGGUCGCACGUAGAAUGGCUCGAGGCGUCGCGGUCGCGCUGCGGUUCAAACUAAAUUUUGGAAAAAAAUAGGCUCAGAGCCAUUCCCCAUGCGGCCAAUAAUAACUUUUCCUUUCAAAAUGAACUUCUCAAAGCAUUUUUAGUCGAUUUUUACAUAUAUACCCAGGAUUUUUUUGGUCAAUUUUUUUCAAAGCUUUUUCCGCAAAAAUCACAAAAAAAAAUUUCACAUUUUGAUUCGAAAAAAUUCUCAAUGCUAACUACUGUUUGUAGAUUUUGUUGAUCGAGAGCAAUUUUCAAAUAUUUUUUUCAAUAUUUUUAAGCCAAACCUCCUCUAUUUUUCCUUCAGAGAUUUGAUUUUUUUUUUAUUUUUCCAGUUCAUUUUUAGAGUAGUUUUUUUAAUAUUUACUAACCAUUUUUUUCUUCUUUUUUUCGGUUUUCUAACUGAAAAAUCUGACUAAAAUUAUGUAAUUUUCAAAAUUUUAAAACCAUAUUUAUGUUGGACCGUUCAUUCAUGUAGUCUAGUUCAAAGGUAAAAAUUUUUUUUGGAAAGGAAAAAAAUAUUCAAAUUUUUUUCUGCUUGGCUUAAAGCUGAAUUUUAUCGAGAUCUUAGACUUUUUUUCUAAAUUUUUUUAAAAAUUUUUUUGUCGAUUUUUAAAAAAAUCUUGAUCAAUUUCAGGGCUCUCCGAUCAAAAAAAUUCGUUCGCGUCGCCGCCAAGAAUCGGCCUCGUAAGGCAAUAUCCCUCCGCGACGCCUUUUCAUCAAGCUUUUGCCUAGAAAUUUAUAUUUUUUUUAGAUUGUAAAAUUGUAUUUUUUUUGUCCAUAUUGUACAUAGAAACUCGAAUUUAUCGCUUCGAAUCUCAGGGAAUUGUUUCAAUUUUGAUUUGGUUGUGUUUCAGAUUUUUAUUUUGUAUUUGUUUGUAUUUUAAAGAAUCUUUGAUUAGAUAUUUUCAAAAGGAAAUGGUGGAAAAGGCCCUAUAGAAAUGUUCCGUUUUGCUGCCUUUUUGCGGCCUUUUUGCGGCCUUUUUUGAGCCUUUCUGCAACCCUUUUUGCAGCCUUUUUCGAGCCUCAUUAUUUUGCAUUUCAAAGCUCUUUUUUGCAUUUAGUUUUCGAAAAUGUGGGUCAUUUUUGUCUAUAUUAUUGAAUAUGUGUACUCCAUUGCAUUUUAAAUUUUUUUUUUCAAGCCAAAAACCGCCUUUUCUUCUUUUUCGAAUGCUUUUACGUGUACCCUUAUGCCUCUAAAAAAAUAUCCCAGCUAAAAUCGCUUUAUUUUCUCGUCAUUCUUUUCUAAAUUUGGGUGCUAUAUGUUAUUUACCACGAAUAUAAGGCUCUGGUCGCAUUUGGAAUGGCUCAAGGCGUCGCGGUUCGAGAAAACCCGCUUAGAGCCAUUCUCCGUGCGACCAAAAGUCGCCGUGUGAGCUUCUCAGAGCAUUUCCAGUCCCAGAAUCACUUUAUUUCAUCGAUUUCUACCUCAUUCCCUCAAUCGCUCCGCCAAAAGGGUCGCUGGUUCGAUUCCUCUCCAGAAAUUUUGAAUCUCAUGCCUGCUCAUAAUGAUGAUCUUGUACAUAGAGUUCAUUCAACGCUCGUCUAUUGAAAUAGUGUGCGAAAAUUGGAGGUUCUAGACGUUUUUCGUAAGCUAGCGGUGAAUGUACUAUAUAUUUUGUCACAUUUUUUUCAAAGAUACCCAGAUUUUUAUUGCCAAAAAUGCUCGGAAUCACUUAGAUUUUCUUUUAUUUCUCUCUUUUCACUUGCUUGUAUUUUUUUGUUGAUAUUGAAGGAAUUUAUAUAAUAUAUUACAGUAAAUUUUUCUUGUUUUUUUGUAUAUUUUUUUGUUUGUUAAGAGUGAAGGGAUGCUCUGAAAUAUCACUUUUUUUGCGUUUUAAAAAAAGUUUUUUUACUUUUUUUCAACUUUCAAGGUUAUUUUUGAUUAUUUUAAUAAACUUGAGGUCUCAAUUUUUUUAUUUUCCCUAAAAAAACAAUCCCUAUAGGGAUCACUAAAGCUUGAAAAGGUGGUCCCUAUAGGGGUUUUAGGUAGUGUUCCUAUAAGGAAGCAUUCCCAUGCGAAAAACUAAAAAAAUAAACGUUUUUUGAAUGAAAUUAAAAAACCCCUAGAGAGGCCACUUGAGCUUUAGGGGAUUAGAGGUCUGAAAAUAGAACCCUGUAGGGACCACUUAGGCUUCAGGAGCUAAGGAGUCAGACCCUAAACCCUAUAGGGACCACCUCGAUUUUUUUUUGAACUCUCAUUGUUUUUUGUGGAACUGAUUCCAUUUUUAUACUUUAUUUUUCAAAAACCAAAUUUUUUUUCAGAAAUGUCGAACCCAAAUCUGGAGCCGAUGCCCUUUCGAAGGCAAUUCGGCAAAGGUUCCGUCGGUUCGGAUCCAAUUAGUGAGAAAAUUAGUUCAAUUUCUUGAAAAAAUUCCACAAAAAGGACCAGUUUUCGUUUCAGGACCUCAAAAAGACAUUGGUCCAUGCGCCCUUAGUUUUUCAAAUUUUUCAAAUUUAUGGAUUUUUUUCAAGAUUCAGAAUGAGAAAUAAUAGUUUACGGAGUAGAUUCACGGCUGAAAAUACUGAUUAUAAUCGGUAAAAGGUGAGAAAGUUUCAGCCGCCACGAAGUUCGGAGGAGCUGGAAGAAGCCUUUCGGACCUUCCAGCUUCAACUCCGGCCCCAACUUAUGAUCCUGACGCUUUUGUCGGUGAGAAUUGAAUUUCAAGCAUUUUGAAGGAAAAAUGGGUUUUUAACGGUAAAAUGUGACUAAAAAACUUCCAUGAAUCGGAUUUUUAGGAAUUCCAGAAUGGUCACUACAUAUAGGGGCUGUAAAGUGGUCCCUAUAUGGGUUUAAGGUCUGACCCCUUAAGUGGUCGUUAUAGGGUUUUUCCAAAUUUAAAAAAAAAACGUUUUUUGGUUUGAUUUUUCGCAUGGAAAGGCUUCUUUGCAUAGUAAUAGCAUGUCCACUAUAGGAACCACUUUUUCAAGCUUUAGUGGCCCCUAUAAGCGUUGGUAAAGUGGUAUCUAGAGGGGAAUCUCCAAUGGUCCACAGUGUUCCCAAACGAGCGGCAGCUGUGGUCAGUAGGCGUGGCUGACUGCAACAGCGGCACGGUUUAUUGCAAUAGGGGCGCGGGGAUGAGAGCCAAGUUUUGUGGAUUUAGUGGUUGGAAAAAGACCAUUAAACGAUGUUUUUCUUAGGUUCUCGCGAGUUUUCGAAGAUUUUUAAUGUGUAUAUAAUUAUAACGAACAAAUUUAAAUGAAAAAAAGAGACAAAAAAAGUUUUUUUGCAAAACAAAAAUAUCUCCCAAAAAUGUCGUUUUUUUAGGAAAAACUCGUCAAAUCGAACUUCCAAAGGGAAAAUUGAGAAAAAGCUCAAAGCACUUCUCUUAAGAAAUACCACUUGAACGUUUUAAAACAAAAACAGAUACAUAAUAGCUUGUGCGAAUAAAGUUGUCACCCAAAAUGACAUUUUCAAGAAUAAAUUCGUCGAAUACUGCCUCGAAAAGAAAAUUUUGAGAAAAAUCUCAAAGCGUACCUCUUAAGAAAGUCCAUUUGAAAACUCUAAAACAAAAAAACAAACGAAAUAUCUUAUGCGAAAUAAGUUGUCAUCAAAAAUGUCAUUUUAAUGCAAAUUUCUGUGACGAGAACAAUCGAAAAUCAUUUCAAAUCUCUGGAAAACGCGAUAAACACGUUUUAAGAACACAUACAGCGUGAAAAAAUACGAAAGAAUGGUAAAAUACCAAGAAAAAUAGAAAAAACCGUAUUAAAAGUGAAUGAAAUGUUAAGGGGGCGACACGCGCCGCACCGCGUUGCGUUAGAAAAAACUCGCGUUUUCGCCCCAUUGCGACGACCUUUUUUUUCGCUUGCCGCCGUCUCUUUUGGAACACUGUGGGUCUUUAAGGUUGCCCCUAUAGGGACCACUUUGGAGUUCCUAAUUUUACCAAAAACCCAGAUAAAAAAAUAAUUUUAGGAUUUUUUUAAAAGAAACGAAUAAGUUUUGAUAUAUAUAUAUUUUUAUUUUUUUUGAAAGAAUGAGGCUUGAAAAAUCGGUUUCAGAUGCUUCCGGAGCAGCGAUCGUGAAGCAAGUUGUGACGGGCGCGUGCAGAAAGUGCGGCUAUCCCGGCCAUAUGACCUACCAAGUUCAUUUUUUUAACUUUCUCUGAAACACGGCAGGGGAAUAGCUUUACUAGUCAUAACAGUAUUUUUUUGAAAAAUUAUAAAAUAAAAAUCUUCAAAAAAAGAAUUUCUAACAGUAUUGAGCCUUAAAAAAAUGAGUUUUUUUGUUGAGUUUUUUUCCAUAAUUUAGGAAGAUUUGUUUGACUUUUUUUGAACUAGAAAUGCCAAUUUUUUUCUAAAUUUUCAGCCAAAAAAAUCCACUUUCUGUGCCUUUUUUUAGUAUUAGAAAUAAGAAAAAGUUUUGAUAUUCAUUUUUUUGAAUUUUUCGCUAGAUUUGACGGCGUUAAAAGCUCAAAUUUCCCAACUGGGAUGAGAAAGAUACUUUAUUUGGGCCCUUGAACUUUUUUUUUGGACCUUUAUUUUCGACUUUUCAGAAGCUUUAUCAUUUUUUGUGCGCUUCAAGGCUUAAAAAAAUUAUUUUGUUUAGAAUAAUCGAAAAAAAUCCGAGGUUUUCCAGCUUUUCUCCAGCAUUAAAAGCUCUAAAAACAAACCUGAAGAUUUUUAAAAAUUUUCCAGUGCCGGAAUUUCAUCCAAUUGAAGCCGGACACAAGUACAAAGGCUUACGAAUUGAGUUCGACGUCUUCUGAAGAAAGUGAAGAUGACGAGACGCCCUUGGGUUUGGAACUACAUCAAAUAUUAUAUAAUAAUAAAUUCAUUUUUCAGUGAAAAAAAGGCGAAAAAAAUCACACAAAAAGAAGAGCAAAAAAAGAGAAAAAAAGGAGAAGAAAAAAAGCGGAAGAAGGAGAAGAAAAAAAGGAGAGGAAGUUGGAGAAAAAAAGUCGAAAAAAAGAGAAGGUUUGUUGGUUUUUUAAAUUGAAAUUUUAAGCUUGAUUAGGAUUUUGUAUGAAAAAUAUGAAGCAAGAAAAAAACUUUUUUUGACCAUUUUUAGGAAAAAAAUUUUGAGGUUUUUUUGGAAAUUUUUUUAAAAAUAAAUUUUGAUCCUCAUUUUUUUUGAAUUUUUUUCCUCAAAUUUCAUAGUUUUUUUAAUUUUUCCUGCGGUUUGAAUCGAUAAAUGUGGACUAUGAAUAUGAAAAAAAGGGAUUUUUUUGGAUUUUUUUCCAAAAAGAUUUUAAGCUGGAUUAGGAUUUUUUUAUGAAUAUUUUGAGCAAGAAAAAAAUUUUUUUGACCAUUUUUUUGGAAAAAAAUUUUUGAGACUUUUUGGAAAUAAUUUCUCUUUCUUCAAAAUGAAAUUUGAACCCUUUUUUUUGAAUUUUUUUCACAAAUUUCAUAGAUUUAAAUUUUUGCGGUUUGAGUCGAUGAAUGUGGACUAUAAAUAUGACAAAAAAAGGGAUUUUUUUGGAUUUUUUUCCAAAAAAAUUUUUAAGCUGGGUUAGGAUUUUGUAUGAAAAUAUGAAGCAAGAAAAAAACUUUUUUUGACCAUUUUUAGGAAAAAAAUUUUGAGUUUUUCGGAAAUUUUUUUAAAAAUAAAUUUUGAACCCUUUUUGAUUUUUGCGCAAAUUUCAUAGUUUUUUUAAUUUUUGCGGUUCGAAUCGAUAAAUGUGGACUAUGAAUAUGAAAAAAAGGGAUUUUUUUGGAUUUUUUUCCAAAAAGAUUUUUAAGCUGGAUUAGGAUUUCGUAUGAAUAUUUUGAGCAAGAAAAAUUUUUUUUUGGCGAUUUUCAGGAAAGAUUUUGAUAUUUUUUGGAGAUAAUUUUUUUCUUUAAAGUUGCCUAUCCUUUAAAAAAUCUUCUGACUUCAAUAUCAUUCUUAAAUUUACAGAAGACGCUCCUCAACGUCUUCUGAAUCCUCCGAGUCAUCCGAAGAAGACAAAAAGAAGAAGAGGAAGAAGAGAAAACGCAAAGAAUCGACGUCUUCAUCCUCGUCGUCGUCGUCGGAUUCUGA